AUGGGAAAUGCCUCUGAAGUCACCUUUGUGUCCACGCUAGACAAAGAGUAUGACUUUCUGCUUGGGACUACCUACACCAUCUUUGGCGUGUUCUCUCUGAUGGGGAACACCAUCCUGCUGCUGGUGGCGUAUCGUAAGAAGUCGUCUCUGAAGCCGGCGGAGUUCUUCAUUGUAAAUCUGUCCAUCAGUGACCUGGGCAUGACCAUCUCGCUCUUCCCUUUCGCCAUUCCUUCUGCUUUCGCUCACAGGUGGCUGUUCACAGAGACAGUGUGUUUAUGCUAUGCGUUCUGUGGGGUUCUGUUUGGUCUGUGCAGUCUGAGUAACCUCACCGUCCUCUCAUCCGUCUGCUGGUUCAAAGUCUGCUGUCCCAACUACGGUAAUAAGUUCUCGUCGUCUCAUGCUCUGCUGUUGGUGGUGGGGGUCUGGUGUUACUCGGCGGUGUUUGCGGUGGGUCCUCUGUCGGGCUGGGGGCAGUACGGCUCUGAACCGUACGGCACGGCCUGCUGUAUCGACUGGUACGCUCCCCACCACAGCCUGACCGCCAUGUCCUACAUCAUCUGCCUGUUCUUCUUCUGCUACAUCGUGCCCUGCACCAUCAUCUUCUUCUCCUACGCCUUCAUCCUGAUGACGGUGCGAGGGUCCCGGCAGGCGGUGCAGCAGCACGUCUCCCCCCAGAACAAAAUAGUCAACGCUCAAACUCUCAUCGUCAAGCUCUCUGUGGCAGUGUGUAUCGGCUUCCUGGUGGCGUGGAGUCCGUACGCCGCCAUCUCCAUGUGGGCGGCCUUCGUCAACCCGGACAUGGUUCCUCCAGUGGCGUUCGCGUUCGCCGCCAUUUUCGCCAAGUCCUCCACACUCUACAACCCAAUGGUCUACCUGGGCUUCAAGCCCAACUUCCGCAAGUCCCUGUGCAGGGACGCCGCCAAGUGCAGGACGAUGAUGUGCCCGUGCGUUUGCCAACCAGAGCCGACGCGGAAAAGCGCGUGCCACCCUACGCAGCACGGAAACGAGGAGUGCGACUCUACGCGGCUUUCCAACGGACUUCACGAAAGCCACCAGGCCUGCAGGCACUGUCCGGACGGGAAGAAAGGUAAUAAAGGUCACUGCUCGGACGCCACGCCUCAAAGAACGGUACUGAUGCUCACCGGAUCCACACACAGCGAGGUGGCGGUCAGCCAGCUGUCCAAUGAGAUGCAGAGUGACUUCCUUUAGAAAGAGGGAAUUUGAACAAUUUGUUGGGGGGGGGGGUUGACUUGGAAAGAACACAAAAAUGGGGACGUCUUGAAGGAAAAGUCGUCCAACCAACAGUAUACGCCUCUUCCACCUUCAUGGAUUGCAUGGAUUGGAAGAAAUAAGCCUCAAAUACUUUGAUACUGCCAAAUAUUAUAGUAAAAAACAAAAAAAUGAACAAAACCCAAGACUUUUGGGACUUCAGGAUUUUGACCUGUUACAUGGUGUUGUCUGGUGAGAAUGACUGACUAUUUAAAAGGUAAUGGUAAAAGCGUUUGGUGUGAUGGUUAAUGGCACUGGUUACCUUGGAUCAAGCAUGCAAACCUACAGUAUAAACCUACAUAACGAUGCAUAAAGUAUAACAACAGGACCAACGCAUCAACAGGAAGUUCCUGGGCCACGAAACACUAAACGAAACUCUGUGAAAAGCUCUGACUGCCCUUCCAACGAGCUUUGGGAGUUUCUCCACCUGUUCCACAUGUUCUUUCCAGUCUACUGAUGCACUCAGAAGGUCAAUUUCUCAGAGUCACACAUG